AUGAAAGUUAUCUUAUCAGUAUUACUUGUAGUUUUUGCAUUAUUAUUUGUAGCAUCAACAAAUGCUCUAGAUUGUUCAAAGUAUGUUAACCCACUCACAUGUGCAGGUGAGGAGCCACCUUGCUUUUGGGAUGGCAAAGUAUGCAAACAUAUUUACAAGCUCCAACAUUGCCAAAAAAUGAUUGAUGUUGACUCUUGUCAAAUCGAAAGUGGCUGUUCUUGGGAAGCUGCUUCAAGUUCAUGUUUACUUUCAAAGUUCCAUUGUUCAUCAAUUAAAAAUGAAUUUGAUUGUACCAUUGAAAACUGUGUUUGGAGUUACAAAACAAACUCUUGCAGAGCCUAA